CGACUGCGGGAAAAACGUGGAAGAAAAUUCACGUGUGUUUUUUGGGUCUCCAGCACUAGCAUUUGCAGCUGAGACUCCGCCCGCUCACGAGCGGCGUGGCACCCCGCCCACCGACGUUAUAAUUCCUCGGCGCCGGCGAGCGUUCAUCAUAUUAUUUCACCAAGGGCAGAAACUAGUCUUACAUUGAGACUGGUCCUAAUUGGUGCUAUUGAUUUCCACAUAUUACAUAUAUAUGGACGUUUUCUUUUAAGACAUAUUGCUAUAUUUUUAAGUACAACAUAAUAAUAGAAGACCCGGUCUUCUUUUCCAGCGAUACUAAUUCAUCUAUAACCAUUCGAAGACUUCACUGGACCAGGGCACAUCCAUGUCCAGCGAGAAGAAUUUCCCAAUGGCUCAUGGGAAGGGACAGGCACGACGGCGGCUUUUCGGGCCUGUAGACCAUGAACUGCUACAAGUGGAUUACCAGACCGCCCUGAACAGGGAGCUGGAGGAUGCUAGACGUCGCUGGGGUUUUGACUUCCUUACUGAGACUCCUUUGGAGGGGAGUUGCUUCAUCUGGGAGGGGGUCUCAGGGUCGAUGCUUCCCUCACUGUAUCGCUCAUCCAGGAUUCCCCAAGAAACUGGCUUGAACAUCAAGGAAAACGUAUCUCGCAUUCCAGAGAGGUACAUCUCCCGGAGCCUGACCCUGGAACAGACAUCCGAGAAGAACCAGGCUGGCAAGAUGAAGAGGAAGCAGACCAGCAUUACAGAUUUCUACAAGUCUAAGCGCCGUAUGGUGGCCACACCCAGGAAGUCAGGGCAGUGAGCAGAGCGGGAUGGUUGUGGAGGAGCAGAACUUCCUGCCUCUGCGACAACCAUGCCGGGGUCCAUACUAACACAAUCGGGAAGCUAACUGAAUUAUUCAAGUACACACCAAUUGUAAAAACCUCUUUAUUUGUUUAAAGUACAGAUGGAUCUCCAUCAAGGACAAGCAUCGGUAUUUGGCAACUUGUGCUUUCUAAGUUGGGGUUUAAAGUAGGAUAUAUGGUGUUUCAGGUUCAUGGCAGUGUCAGAAUUCAGACCUUAAACACUGUCCAUAUAGCACUGAUGGCAUUGUAGGUCCAAAUUCCUAAAGCCUGUGGUAUACUUGUAUCGCUAUCAUUCUACUGAAACACAAUGACAGACUCAGUCAGUCAUUUUUUGAUAGAUUAUUUUGUUAUUGCUGCUUGAAUUGUAACUAUUUAUUUAACUGCAUUUUUUUUCAUUUCCAUAAAAACAGUUAGAUUCAGUGACCACAAACAUAUAUACAGAACUUCCACUGAAUUUUACAGUGGCAUGGAGGUACUACAGCAAUGUCAUUUUCCUGCAAAUGCUGCUAUAAACUGAGUAUAAAUUUCAGCCUUUGACAUCUCCUCCCACCUUUAGCAGUGGAUGUCCUGGCAGCCAUUCUCUGGGUCUGCCUCCGGACCUGAUUCUCAGGCGCCUCUCAGGACAGACCGGGCUUUUUGUUGUCUCAGUACAGACUUGGUUAUAUUCCUGGAGUAGCACUUAGUCUUUGGAUCUGCCUGAGCUGUAGCUGUGUAGCAGUUCCAUAUAUAUACAAUUCUAGAAAGAAGGCAAGUUCAGUUUUUCAUCAAAAGUACUUUAGCCCCUCCAAAGGCUCUGUCCCUAUUUAUGAUCACUGAUGAUCAACCAAGACGUCUUCCUUCAGGGUGGGUUAAACUGAAUGUAGCUACAUUGAAGUUCAUAUUGUCAGCAUUACACUUUGUGAUGACUAUGUAGCCAAACCAUUACAGAUUACAUUAUUACAUGGUUUAUCUGGUAUUACAGAUAAUCCAUGAUAUAUAAAGUCAUGGUUCAGCUGUAAUUCAUGUCAUUUCUUUAUUUAUGCAUUGUUGUCUGUUUUGUUAAAUCACUAUUUAUUCCUAUUGCGCCAAUAUAAUUUUCCCUCUACUUGGCCAUUGAGGAGGAUUCUCAGUAUCUGGCCUGAUUAAUGGACUUGUAGACAUCUGACAUACGGCUAGAUGGGAGCGAUGCCACCUGCUGUCUUAGGAAAUGCAGAGGGUUAUAUCAGAGAAAGUUGGUAAUGCAAUUUCUCCAUAAAAAAGUUCUCCAUUUUGCACGUAUAGCUUCCUUUGUAAAUAUAAUUAUUUUGCACAUAAAACUUGCUCAUGUUAAAAUCAUGAAAUAUAUUAUUUAUUAAGGACUGUGCAAAUUGCAAUUAAAAUAUUUCUAUUCUGUCAAA